CUCGCAGUUAAAUGCUAUUUUGCAUACUGGUAAAAUGAACAAAGAACACUUAAGUAGCAACUUAGUAAAGACUGCAGAGUGAAUAAAAUGUUUUUAUUUAGUAAGAAUCUCUGAAAGUUAGAAAAAUAAAUAAUUUUUUGUUGUGUUUAUUGAUACUGCAGGGAGUUUAGUCACAUAAACUCAAAGCCUUUUAUAGAAGAGUAGACGGGUUGGUUGCACCUUGGCCAAAUCUUUAAAAACAGAAGUAUAGGGAGCUACAUAAAAUAAUACACUAAGAAACCUAUCAGGAGUAUUUUUUUUAACCACUCUAUGUUAGCACCAAUAUGUUUUGUAUCAUAUAAUUGUGUGCUUUCUCCAAAGUAGUUUGAAUGUAUACGGCGGUUAUGUUGAGAAUGCUAAGCAAAAGUUUAAAUAAAUUAUAUACCACCCAUCGGCUGUUUUACUCUGAUUACUAACAUGGUCACUACAAAAAAGAGGCCAUCUUUGUCUUGAGGUGAAGUUUUAAAGUAGGACCCAAAUGCAAGAGCAGCAGAAGUGGAGAGUUGAUGAGAUUCUUUUGUAAAUCUCUGUGAUUUACAAAACAGAGAGCCAGAGUAGAAACAAAAAGUAGUCCAGCAUGAAAAACCCAACAAGGAGAUCCAGGAGUGCUCAGUCCUAAGACUGAGCAAGGAGUGACUGAGAAAGAGGAACUUAAAUACUGGGAGGCUGAACACUGAAACAAAGGACCUGGGCUGAUGAGCUAACUGACUGCAGAGAGCAAAAGGCAGACUGAGGAGAGGGAGAGAAAGUGGCACACAGGGGACUAGGAGAUGAAUCCAACUGAAAAACACACUAAACAUAAUUAAAGUAGUGUGAGUAAAAAUAAUUAGACACAAUAAAUAAACAACUAGGACCACUAAUAAGGACUGAACUAAAGACAAACAACAGGAACAAGACUGAUCUAACCAAAAUAAGAAACUAACAAAAUAUUAAUGAGACUAGAAUCAAAUCAAUCUACAAAAUAACAACCUUUCUAUUCAAAAACACAUCAAAUAAUUUUCAGAUCUCAUUUUGUUUGUCUAAUUUAAAACAGUUGUGAAAGAGUGGAAUGAAAGUGUGAAUGACAUUCAUCACAAACUCUUGCAGUCAAGGUUGAUGUGAACAUAAAACUAGUUUUAUGUCUGGUUGCUGUUUCACAUCUUAACACACCAACUGGAAACAGUUUUUAUUUUUACUGAGGUUGUGUUUAACUGUGACUAAGAAGCAAAAACAAGCAAGAAAAUAGUUUUUACGAACGCUGUAGGCAUCGGCGGUUCACGCUGUCCCCACCUUGUUCGGAACAGGCUGCUGCUGAGAACGAUGAUCAUUUAUUCAUCCUGCCUCCACCUUGCUUCCAGGGAAGUUCUUUUCAGCAGACUCCUUAUGUUUCAUUGAGGUCGGAUGUCAACAUUAGUCUUCCUCUGCAUGUCAGGUCAGGCAUGUACCAACCGCUCCACCCAACCUAAGACUGAUCCCUCGUUCCUCUAACCCAACGCGUCUUAGAGACGCUCCUGAACGCUCCAUCAGCUGUCCUGAGAACUAGAUCAGAAGACAAACAAUUACCACUUUCUCUCUUGGUGAUUUGGAUGUAGAUUGAGAUGCAGAGGGAAUCCAGUUCUGCAGCAAUCCUCCCUGACAAAACCAAACCAGGAAAAUUAAGUAAAUCCAAAAAGAAUGAAACAACAAACGAAGAUAUUCCAGAGCCCAGAAACAGAGCUGAGCUGAUGAAAAAUUGGAUUAAUCUGACUUUGGAUAAUAAAACAGCCAAUAAGCUGCUGUGGAUUUCAGACGGCGGUUCGAAGGUUUGUCGCAGAACCAAAGAGGUUUGUCCUGUUCUGGACGGACCUGAGAGAUACGAAUAUUCUCCACAGGUGUUAUGCAAGGAGAGCAUUUGGAAGCGCAGGGCUUACUGGGAGGUUGAGUUUUCUGGCUGGGUGGCGGUGGGAGCUACGUACGACCAAGCAGCAAGGAGAGCGUAUUCUGGGAUGAGCGGCCUGGGAGAAAACGAGCAGUCCUGGGGUUUGUGCUGGGCGGGCAGCUGUUACCAGAUAUGGUUCAACUGCGACCACGAAGAUAUCAGCGACGUCCCGUUCUGCUCCAGGAUCGGCAUGUACGUCGACCAGCCGGCCGGGAUCAUAAACUUCUACGCUGUAGCCGGCGAGGGCGCGGAGAAGGAGGUCAGGCUGCUGCACCGAGUCACAACCACGAUGGAGAAAAAGAUUCUUCCAGGGUUCUGGCUGGGAGUUCAGUCUUCAUGCACCUUACUGAGGAAAACAGAAUGAGUCACGUCAACUAACGCUGUUUAUGGAGACCGUUAUGUUUAAACGUUUAAGAAGUAUGAAUGUUGGUGUGUUUUAUUGGGAUUUAUGAGAUAUACUAACACGAAGUAUUAAAUAAACUGAGAUAAUAAUAAACUUAAUUUAAAAACUCCAACAUAAAUGUCAGCAUUUGAUGCGCUGUACACGACUCUAGCAUGUAAGCUAAUUUGGAUCCAUGGUUUUCCAAAUAAAAAUAUGGAACGUUAUGCAUUUAUGCUGAUGCCUAUUAAUAAAAUACAGGGGAACUAAUGCUAGAAAAUGCCUUAUUGUGGAGUUAAUGUGCGUUCACACCAACCCUGUUCAGCUUUAAGCUCUAGUUCAUUUGCCUGGAGAGUCGGGUUUGUUUCCAAACUCUGGUCCGUCUACCAGCCACUCUCUUAGUUUGGUUGAAGUGAACUCUGGUGCCGUUCGAAUGCAUAGAAAUACCAAGAGCUCCAAAAGGACAAAGUGAGCAACAGUGCAGGGCAUUCUGGGUAAAUACAACCAAAACAAACACGACGGUUCAGCUGGUCUUUUACCAAAGACAAAUCAGAAAUCCUACAAACGCUAAAAUCUGACGCUACGCCACGUUUGGUUACAUUUCUUGAAGAAGGAAGUUGUGCUCAGAGUUUUCUUCAGAGGUUUUCAAGUCGUUUCCUGAAUCCAACUGGGAAUUUUUGGCAAGAAAUGGAAAAUACAGAGAAAUACACCCAACACACUUACAGUUGUAAUAUUAGCAAAAAGAGUUUCUGCAAAUACUAAAUGUGAUCAAAUUCAAAUGCAAAUUACUGUAAUUAUUCUGGAUGUUUCACUGGUUUUCAAAUCUCUUAAAAUAAACAUUUUUGGAACUAA